AUGUACAGCCCUUUAUCAACUCUGCUAAAGCGGCUCGAUGCCGUUACAUCACAGUUAGAGGACAUCACCACGGCCAUUGAAAAGUCCAGAAACGCCCUGCAAAUCACAAAUGUCGACCCUCACCUGCCAACAUCUGCCAAGCUUCUCCAUACAGACGAAGCAGGCCAUCUGAGGCCAUUGCCAACAUCCAUUGCUGCAUUCGAUAGAUUCCUCGAGCAGAGCGUUGGUCCGUACGUGAAGCUGAGUGGUGAUUUGGGGGGUAGCGUGGCACAGCAGGCCACCAAUGUUCUUCUUUGUUUCCAAGAGCAGCGAAAGAUCCUGCUGAUGGCGGCGCUGCACACCAAGUCCGACGGUGCGAGUUGGGCAGACCAACUCAGUCCAAUGAACGAAGCGGCUGCUCGCGUCCUUGAGCUGCAAGAAAAUAGCCAUGGAGAUAGCAUGCACGCUAAUUUGAGCUGUGCCGCCGAUGGAAUAGCAGUUCUUGACUGGAUCCGCAUCGAGAUUCGCGCGUUUAGGCAUGUCGAUGCAUUUCUGGGCCAUGCUCAGUACUUUGGAAACAAGGUGCUUAAAGAGCAUAAAGGAAGGAAUCAAAAGCAGGUAGACUGGGUUAUGUCGUACUAUCAGAUCUUUCGCGAUCUUUCCGACAUUGUACGUGAACACUUUCCCUUUGGUAUCAACUGGCAGCUGGAUGCCUAA